AUGGGGGACGAUCCGGGGAGGCUGUAUCGUUUGGAUGGAGUUGCUCAUAUCGCCAAGGUGAUCAACGACGAGAAGCGGUUUAUGUUUGCGGUUUACGUAUGCAAUUUUGGUAGUGGCUUACUAUAUCUUCUAUUUCAUGUGCCCCGGCGUUGCAUAUCGAGCAUGCGGCGGCAGCAGGGGAUGCAACUUGAUGAGAGGUACAUUCCGUACUUGCAGAUGGCCAGAUUAUAUCAUCUUGCACGACUGAACGACAGAUGGUUCCGAUUAGACGAGCCCUUUGUGAGUGUAUUCGUGGAGCGGUGGCGUCUGGAGACGCACACAUUUCACAUGCCGUUUGGAGAGUGCACGAUCACGCUUCAGGAUGUUGUGUACCAGUUGGGGUUGCCUGUGGACGGACAUUACGUCAGUGGUUGCCUGAUAGACUUCCACGUAUACAUACAGGGUGGCCGGCCAGCUUGGCAGUGGUUCCAGAAGUUGCUCGGUGUGUUACCUCCGGCGAACCAAAUUCAAAAGUUCGCAGUGAACUGCACCUGGUUCCAGGAGACAUUUGGAGAGUGCCCCGAGGAGGCCGAUGAGGAGACAGUGAGGCGCUUUGCCCGUGCCUAUAUCAUGAUGUUGUUGGGCACCCAGCUGUUUGCCGACAAAUCCGGAAAUCGUAUUCACAUCAGAUGGCUACCGUUCGUGGCUAGGCUUGAGGAGAUGAGUGGCUACAGCUGGGGGUCGGCGGCACUAGCAUGGUUGUACCGGUGCAUGUGCCGAUUGGCCAACAGACAUGUCGUGAAGUUAGCUGGACCGUUACAGUUACUUCGGUCCUGGAUCUUUUGGCGGUUUCCUAGAUUUAGGCCUGCUGGGUAUGAUGCGUUUAGCUGGCCCCUGGCCUCGAGGUGGUCAGGUUACAAUCUUAACGUUAGCGAGAAUGGACCUCAGUUUAUAUGGAUGCCCUAUAGCACACCCGACGUCCUUCAGGUUGUCCAUCCGGAGGUGCUGGAGCCUCGUCAUACGAUGUUAUGGCGGUGUGUGACGUCACUGAUAUAUUUUGCGGUGGUUGAGUGGCAUCAGGUUGAUAGGGUGUUACCGCAGUUCGGAGGCGUACAGCACUGGCAUCUUCACUGGGAGACACGUGCGGAUCACGUUCUACGGUUCGACGUUGUUGCUGAUCCGGGACCCUCACAUGACUUCUUGGACUGGUGGCAUCAGCACGGAAAGAGGUUCUUGUCACCUGAGAUGUACUUGGGGGAUUCGAGAGCCAUUCCUAUUCCGGUUGAGGCAAUACAGAGGGGUGCCGGCCGAGUACCUGAUAUGGACCGAGUUGACGACGUUUUUGAUAGGCGUCGGGUUGAGAGGAGAGCUCGAGUCGGGACACGACGGAGCCAUCGUGACUGGAUGUGGCUGGACCAGGCUAUGGAGGAGGGUGACGAGGCAAGUAGGGGUGGUGGUCGACGACGAGGGCAUGGAGGCAGGAGGAGAGGGGUUGCUGCAAGGCAGGAUCACGAUGAUCGUGGUGAGGAUGCCGCUGGAGGAGGGGAUCCAGUGGGGGGUGUUAGGCCCGAUCAUGGCGGGCAUGGUGGAGAGUGA